AUGGCGCACUCGGAGAGAAACGCUCUGGCAGGCUUGAGAAUCGAGACUUCGUUCCACCAGCAGCGGUCAGGAUGGCCGGAAGAGAAUGACCCUGGGAGGAGGCGAUCGGCAGCGGGUGGCGAUGGUAUCGAGAGCGACCGCACCAAGAUAAAUCAUGACCACAACGCGCACUGCCGCGAUGCUAAUGAAGACCGCAGUGUGCUCAGUGAAAUGCAUUCAGCCACUCCUCCCAUCUCAGUCCCUCGCGCCGAGGGUCGUUCGCAAGAUAACUCCUCUUAUCCGGAUAGGCCAGAUGAUAUCCAGGGCUCUCCCCUAGACAAUUAUCUAGAAACGCGUCGCUCCUCCAUCACUUUCAACCCCAAAGUGUCCCUUGAGUCAGGCUUGCAGCGUCCGCUCGACGAGCCUUUGGCCAAGGGCGAUGCAAGGAAUCGCACCCCGCUGAAAUUCGAGUCCCGGACCUCAGGCCUCCGAAACGCCCUCUCCCAAGACGAUGACUCGAUGAACUCAAUUUCUGCCCCGUGGGGGGAUGACUCGAAGCGAUCGAAUGAAGAGCGGGGUAUCCCGACCGGAGCCUCCCGCGAACGACACAGUGAUUCCAUGCCUGGCACUGAGUUGGAUCAGCCCACCUCUCUCACAUCGCUUUCGACAGUAUCUCCCAUUGCUGAAGAAGUACGAACACCACCUGGCAGUGUCAAGGACUCUUUGCUGUCCCCGCUUUACAUCACUUCGCCAACGCAAUCAUUUGCGUCCCCAGAAGAUCGCAGCGCAUCAUGGUCUGGGGGGUUGAUCACUCCUUUUGGGAGCAAGUCUCGCAGGUCCACUUUGGAUCGUAGCAGUAGUCUGCGCAGCUCUGCCACCCGAAACCGGCGGUCUACUAAUUCGAGUGGGAAGUCACCCGCCAGUACGUUCCUAUCCAUGUGGUCUACCAAGGACGAGCCGGCCGCGUCUCCUGACGACGAGGGUCAAAUGGUGGGCACAGACUACGUUCUUGGAAAGCAGAUUGGCUUCGGUGGUUUUAGUAUUGUUAAGGAAGCCUACAAGGUGGAGGAGCACGGUGCUACCAAGCGACUUGCUGUCAAGAUCGUCAAGAAGAAUGUUACCGAGCGCAGCGAGAGGGAAAACGAGGAAGUACAAGCGGAGUUCGACCAUGAGGUUCGAGUUUGGCGGUACCUAAACCAUCCUCACGUCUUGACCCUCGACGCCGUUUAUGAGACCGACUUCGCCACCUUCUGUUUUACCAAGCUCGCUAUUGGCGGCACCCUUUUCGACCUGGUCCGCCAGAAUCGCCAGGGCCUUGACAUGAUGCUCGCGAAGAAAUAUACGUACCAACUCGCCUGCGCAAUCCGAUACCUGCAUGAAGAUGCGCGGGUGGUUCACCGCGAUAUCAAGCUGGAGAACUGUCUUCUUGACCCUAUCGAGUCUUCCGACGGCACUACAUCGUCUACUCUAGUACUCUGUGACUUUGGAAUGGCAGAGUGGAUGACUACCGAUGAUGGUGGUGUAUCGCCCGACCCUUACGAUGAGGUCGCUGAUCGUCCUCCACCCAAGCAAAUGGGUCCUGCCGACUCUAGCACCAGUGUUGCAGGUAGUCUGGAGUAUGCCUCCCCAGAACUGCUCGAGUCCGUAAACGGUAUCAUCCACCCUUCAGUCGACAUCUGGGCCUUUGGUGUGAUUGUCUACACAAUGAUUGUCGGGUCACGGCCAUUCCAAGACUCUUUCGCCCCUCGCAUCACGUCCAACAUUCUGAGUGGCACGUGGAAUCGCGAAGCAAUUCUGAAUGGAGUCACAGACGAGCUGCUUCUCAGGGAUCGACAGGAUGCCCUUGACUUGGUCAUUAACUGUUUGGAAAUGAACUUUCACAAGCGAUGGACCAUCCGCGACAUCCUGGCCAGCUCCUGGCUGCGAGAAGUUGCUGAGAGUACUGAAGAAAGCUCACCAGACUCAGUGUGGAAGCUUUAA